AAAUCGGGACCGGUGUGUCGAGACUACAGUACCGUAUAAGGCUCUUGAAAUGGCCGUCUCAUUCCUUCCGAAAUUUCCGUAGUCUAUUUCGUUUUCAUCUGAAUUUGAAGUUUGAUUUCUUUGGUGUGCAGGAGAAAGGCUCUUCAUAAACCCUUGGAUUUAUCACUUCAAGCCAUUAUAAUUCUACUUCCUGAAUAUCUUUCAUAAGGAUGGAAAUUACGGCGAGUGUUAGAACAAUGUUUAAAUCGAGUCGAGUUCUCGCAGGCUGUUGCCGCCGCUAUGCAGCCUCCACCUCUGGAGGUGACCAGGCCAGACUUCAGGGGCUGAAGGCUCUCCGGCUUCCGCAGAUGAAUAAGGGUACAGCAUUCACCUUGAGGGAGCGCCAGGCAUUGGGUAUCCAUGGAUUGCUACCACCUGUCAUCAGCUCUAUGGAGCUACAGGAAGAAAGGAUCCUACACAACCUCAAAGAUCACAGUCCUCUGGAUAAAUAUGUACAGCUUAUGGAUCUACAGGAUCGUAAUGAGAAGCUUUUCUACAGGGUCUUGUGUAAUCACAUCACAGACAUGAUGCCCAUCGUGUAUACGCCCACUGUUGGGUUGGCAUGCCAACGGUAUGGCUACAUCUUCCGCCGACCGAGGGGGCUCUUCAUCACCAAGUACGAUAAGGGACAUAUCCGGGACAUCAUCGCAUCCUGGCCAGAGCAAAACGUGAAGGCUAUUGUCGUUACUGAUGGAGAGAGAAUCCUAGGCCUGGGUGAUCUAGGCUGUUAUGGGAUGGGUAUUCCUGUGGGUAAAUUAGCUCUUUACACAGCCAUUGCUGGUGUUCAUCCUUCACAAUGUCUACCUGUCAUGAUCGAUGUCGGAACAGACCGCCAGUCACUCCUUGACGAUCCACUCUACAUUGGUUUGAAGGACAAGCGGGAUCGAUCUGAAAAUUAUGACCAACUAAUUGAUGAAUUCAUGGAGGCAGUGGUUGAAAGGUAUGGACAGAACUGUCUGAUCCAGUUUGAAGACUUUGCCAACAGCAAUGCGUUCAGGCUUCUUGAGAAAUACCGCAACAAGUACACGGUUUUCAAUGAUGAUAUACAGGGUACAGCAUCAGUGGCUGUUGCAGGGUUACUUGCUAGCUUGAGGAUCACCAAGACAAAGCUCAGUGAAAAUAAAUUCCUUUUCCAGGGUGCCGGUGAGGCCUCAUUAGGUAUAGCUGAUCUUAUAGUCAAUGCCAUGCAGGAAGAAGGGCUUAGUGCAGAGAACGCUAGGCAGAGGAUCUGGCUUGUAGAUUCCAGAGGCCUGAUUGUCAAGGGUAGGCCUUCUGGCGGUAUCUCGGACCACAAAGCUCGCUACGCCCAUGACCACAAACAUUUGACAGAUCUACCUGAAAUAGUCAAUGCAGUCAAACCAACUGUACUUAUCGGUGCUGCUGCAAUCAGCGGCGUCUUCACACCUGAUAUCCUCAAGGCUAUGGCAUCCUUUAACAAACGGCCCGUUAUCUUUGCGCUGAGCAACCCCACCAGCAAGGCUGAGUGCACUGCAGAACAGGCCUACACUCACACCAAUGGUCAAUGUGUGUUUGCCAGUGGAAGCCCCUUUGAUCCGUUCACAUUACCCAACGGGAAGACACUGGUACCAGGACAAGGCAACAAUGCUUACGUCUUUCCCGGCGUAGCUCUUGGUAUCAUCGCCUUUGGGAUAAGGCAUGUCAGUGAUUCAAUCUUCCUUGAGUCGGCAAAGUGCAUUGCCAAUUUAGUGACCGAAGCUCACCUCGGCGAGGGACGUGUCUACCCCCCUCUCGAAGACGUGAGAGAAGUAUCCGUCCAAAUCGCUGUCCGUGUCGGCGAGUACGCUUACGAGACCGGUAUGGCGUCCAAGUACCCCCGGCCAGACGACAUGGAGGCGUAUGUAAGGAAAUGCAUAUAUGACUACGAGUAUGAGUCGUUCACGCCUGAAUACUACGACUGGCCCACCACCGACUCCAAAUACUAGGUGCUAUAAUCGUAACCUCUGUGAUAUGAACUAAAAAUAAGUUGAAGGAAAUACAAAUAUAUAUAUAUAUCUAUAGAUUUAUAACUAAUUUUAUGCCAUUUAUGCCAUAGAUGAAUCUAUUUUGCAAUUUGACAUUUGCUGGUUAUUUAAAGAUUAUGCAGAUAUAUCCCACCUCAUUUGGUUGGCUUAUUCUUACACUUUUUUAAUUUUCAAAGUGCUCAUGUAUGUGUGGUGUAUGUAGAAUGGUGGUGAUGAAAGAUAUAAUGAAAAUUAGUGUUUAUUAAUAUUAUAUAAAUGUAUGUUUUUAUUCUUUUGAAAACUCAUGCACAAAACUGAGAAGAGUGCAGUGAUCAUGGGAACGGUUUGUGGAUUUUUUUUACCCUUGUGCACUUCAUUGUUCCCUGAUAUGUAUAUUCUAUUUUGCGGAGACCCCUUUCGUCGUUAAAAGACUAUUUACUUAGGUAUUCAAAUGUGGGGAUUUUUCUUUUCCUGGAACCCUAUUAACAAGACACAGCCUGGUAUUAAUAAAUUAAUCAGAAUUCUUGUAAUUCAAUCCAUAUCUUGUUGAUAUUUUUGGCACCAUUAGUCAGUCUUUCAGAUUGACAUGUGCUACCUUUGUCUAAGAAGUAUUCAUACAUGUAGAUCCGUGUACGUUAGUGAAUUGUUCUACUCUUCCAUCUGUAUUAUGUUGUCUAUAAUAUGACUUUUGGGAAAAAAUGUACUUACAUGUAUGCUCCAUUGACUUAGUAACACUUUUUUGCUUGUUAUGAAGGAGAAGUAUUAUAAGUAAGGUUUCUAUUAUAUUGAGGGGGGAAAUUAUUCACCAGCAGGUCUGUUUCACUUAGAAUGCGAUUGGACACUAAUCAUUUUGUUUAAAAUGUGAAUAUUGAGCUUUUUAACCUUUCUGUAAGCUACAUGCAGACCUAUACAAAACUACCGAGGGGCAAAUCCCACUCUUGUAUAUGAUUGCUAUUUCACUUAUGCAAUAAAAACAGUGGUCUCUUACAUAGAGUGCAUCACUGCAUGUCUCAUUGUUGCAGAAUCAUCACCCUAGCUUGAUGUGGAUAUUAAAGGACAAGUCCUCCCCAACAAAAAGUUGAUUUGAAUAAAAAGAGAAAAAUCCAACAAGCAUAACACUGAAAAUUUCCUAAAAAUCGGAUAUAAAAUAAGAAAGUUAUGACGUUUUUAAGUUUCGCUUAAUUUCACAAAACAGUUAUAUGCACAUCCCGGUCGGUAUGCAAAUGAAGGAACUGAGAAAUCACUCACUCACUAUUUCUUUUGUAUUUUAUUAUAUGAAUUAUGAAAUAUUCUAAUUUUCUCCUCAUUGUCCUGUGAAAGAAAGCUUUAUUUCUCACUGAACAUGAGGAAUGACAAUUGUUUAACAUUUUAUGAUUCAGUCAAGUUGGUCGUUAUCAUCAAAUCUGUAAAAAUUGAAAUAAUGUAUAAUUCAAACAAUAAAAAACAUAAGAAAUAGUGAGUGAUGGACAUCGAUUCUCUCAUUUGCAUGUGACUAAAUUGUGCAUAUAACUAUUUUGUGAAAAAUAAGCAGAAAUUUUUUAAUGUCAUAAAUUUCUUAUUUUACUUCCGAUUUUGAUGAAACUUUCAGCAUUAUGCUUGUCUGAUUUUUCUCUAUUUAUUCAAAUCAACAAUUUUCUGAGGUGGACUUGACCUUUAAUACAGUAAACUAGUCGUAUUAUAAGGAAUUUAUUCACUAGGUACAUACAUGUAUUUACCUCACCUGGGAUGUAGAUCCCUGUCUUGCCAAAGAAAAUGAAUGCUGUGACAGGAUUUGAACCUCUGACCUUGUGGUUCACAGCCCUGGUACUUUCCUACUGGACUUUGACACCUUGCCAGAUGAUGUAUCACUUUCAAGUGUCAUUGGCCCAAAUCAACAAGAGGUUUAAACUCUAAGGGGGUACAAAACCAAGGACUAUGCAUAUUUAGUAUAGAUAACAAGGAAAGAUCCAAUAAUAAAUGGAUGAUUUUCGCAAAGGGCGCUUUAUGCAUGCUUGAAUUAAUUAAGAUUGUACAAAAAAAAUCUGCAAUGUCCAUAGUUUUGAACCCUCUCCUAGUUCGAAUUUCUCAGUGCCUUGUGAAUUUGUGGCCAUUGGGUUUGUGAAGUACAGUACUUUUCAUCAUCAUAAUAUAGGCUGGUAGUUCACCGGACUGAAGGUACCAGGUUCAGUUUUCAACACGGAAAUAGUAUUAGAAGCGGAAUUGUCUCUAAAUACGGUUGACGCAAUAUUUGCUCCGGGCUUAGUAUCGUCUAAGGUGUAGGGUUAUUUUUAGGGUUGCAUUAGGGUUAUAUGUUACGUUUAGGGUAGGGUAUAGUUAAGCUUUUUCGGUAUACCGGUAUUAGUAAUACCGUUCGGUAUGAACGGCAUACCGGUAUGGAUACCGCCGUUAAAAUUUCAAUACCGAAAUACCGUCAUACCAAAAGUUGAAAAUAUCAUACCGGUAUUUUCUUCUGUAUUGUCCUCUAUGGGUAUUUUUACAGUAAAAUUAAGCCAAAACAAUAAGUUGUUUGGCUCUCUCAACGUAUUUAAUGAAAUCAGAAUCCGAUAAUCUAACCUCGAAAUGAAUACAUCGCCCCUGAACUAAUGUCUGAGCUCCGCUAGCCGCUGCAUAAGGCCUCGGCCCCACCGCUACGUAGCUAGGCCUACAUGGGGUGCAUAUCGGCUGCAUGCACUUGUGCACACAGCUACAGAAAACAAACGAAGUCGAUCGAGAUGGGGAGCAUUUCAUGAAGAUUUUUCAGUGGUUUCAACAACAGAUUUGCUUUCCUCCAAUCACAUGCGAGGGUUUGUCAUAGCUUGUAACAUCCCUCUAUAAACAAACAAAAUCACAGACAAAACUCUUUUUGAAACACUCCCCAGCCUGCCUUUUGACCACGUGGUGUCUUCAACAAAGUAUCAACCUUGGGGCGUUGACUGACAAACCACAGGGAUUAACACUUGCUUUUUUCUUUAUGCAAGUUUUUUUUCUCGGACUGCUCUUAACUUUUUUUUUGGGGGGGGGAGGGAGGGGGUGCUGGGCAUCGACAGACAAACCACAUGGAUUAACACUUUUUUUUUCUUAGUGAAAGUUUUUUUUCUCGGACUGCUCUUAACUUGUUUCAAUUAUGACAAGUUUACUUUUAUGCAGCCUGCUACAAAAGUCGUUUGACACCCCCCCCCCCCAAUAAUAAAUAAUA